CGUACAGCUGGCAGCUCUUCCCAGUAGCAGACGUCACCAGUGCGUCUUAUCAGUGCGUCCAAGGUUGUUCGCGAGACAUUAAUAACGCGUAGCGGAAGAUAGUUCGCGAGUGGCUGACUGUGGCUUUUGUUUAUUUUCCACGCCAACUGCAUGUACGGUGACGCGUACCGUGACCAAGGCAGUACCAGCUGAAGAGUGAAACGUUCCUUUGGUGAGAUGCGUUUGGUUCGCGGAGAGUUGGCAAUGCGUAAGAGAGCGACAGUGAGUCGCCCAUAGUGAGCUUGAACUGGCCGAAGGGAGGGGGGGAUUGCAACUCACUCUGCUCACGCUCAUCGCGCGUCGCCUAGCUUCACCGGUUAUAGCUCGCGUCGGAUCGAUGCCACCGUUCAGUUCGCUCGACAACCAUCGUCUGGCAGGCAGGCGACAACCAAACCGGCACCACCGCUUGUGAUCAACUCAACGCGACCGUUCCGUUUUGUGUUGUGGUGGGCUCGUGCACGUGUAUACUCUCCUUCUGUUGUGUGGCAAAAGCGUGAAAAUUGUAAAAACAAAUAACGACACUCACCACGCGACGCCGUGAACCGCGAAACGAAACAAUAUCCGUCACUGUGCGCUAUUAUCUUCGCACUAUCUGAAGAGAGUGUGUGUGUGUGUGGUGUGUCCAGUAGCAGCAUCCAGCCUGAACCGUGCCCAUCGUCCAACCCACCGACCUGAACCCAUCAAGCAUCAAGGAUGAGGAAUAAUCAACACCGAAAUCUUGCCCUUCUGGUGGCAUUUUGUUCGUGUUACAGUCUGCUAGCACCAGUACAGUCGCAGCACAUAGAAACCGUGCCGUCGUCACCCUCGUUCCACGCACUGUACGAACGCAACGUGGAUCUUCUCUGCCGGGCGAAUAAACCCCUGGACAAUUGCCAAGUUCAGCUUCCCGGGCCUUCCUCCACAACGUACGACGUCGACAGUUUGCCCAGUGGCGUCAAGCGCAUCGGGGACGGUUCCCGCGGUGAGUGUGGUGUGCGGUUGUCUACGGUCACUUCCGAACGGUUCGGCAAGUUCGUCUGCAAACUCACGAUCGGUGGCGAACAGCAUGAGGCAACGAUCGAGCUGCGGCAGUUCGUGGCACCGCGCAUUACCGACCUGAAGAUCUCCAAGUACACGACGCUCGUGGACAAUGGCAUCCGGGCGAACCAGAUGCUGAAGGCGCGCUGCACCUCCCGGAUGGGCCUGCCGGUCUCGAACCUCACCUGGUUCCUGGACGGCAAACCGAUCGACGAGAGCCUGCUCAAACCGGCCCAGAUUACCACCGAAAUGCAGGACCAGAAAAGCUUGAGCACCAUCCAGCAGGAGGUGAACAUGUACGUCACACCGGAGCAGAACGGUAUGGUGCUGGAGUGUGUGGUGAAUCAUCCCGCGUUUAGAACCGAGCAACGGUCCUCCCUUCCAUUAAACAUCAAGUUCGCACCGGAAGCGAUACCACACAUCCAUAUCGAUGAGCUGCCGGCAAGCGGAAGUGCAUCGGUCAACAUUACCAUCCAUGCCAACCCGCAACCCAUCACCCGCUGGACGGUCAAUGGGCGGCUGAUAAAGGAGGGCGAAUCGAUCGACAUCUACCAGGCGUACAUACCGCGUCCAGCAUCCAGUAAGGGCGAGUAUACGGUGCUGCUGAAAAACAACGACUGUGCGAAGGAGCGUGCGACGCUGUACACGCUCGAGGCCACGAACGUACUCGGCACGCAGACGUACAUCAUCAAGGCGGUGCGGGUGGACGAUGCCGGCACGGAGGUGAUCCGGAACGAUGACUACAACUACCACGAUGACAGCAACGGAUCUACCUUCUGGCUGAUAAGCGUCUGGACGUUCUUCUGCUCCGUGAUGGCUACACGUCUGUUGUGAAUCCACAUUGCGCCCUUCCCAACCCCCUCGAAACAGUCGUAACAGGGUGGCUUGAACGCCCGGCCAGAUGUUGGUGGAUGGCCGUGGCCUGUCUGAGAAUAUUACCAAACGAGGAUCCGUAACCAUGGGCUUUUGGCCGGUGAUGGGGCUUUGUACAGAACGGCUACACAGGGUGUUUAGUGGGUGUGGGGUGAAAUGAGAUCCUCUGUUCGGUAAUAUUCUCAUUCGGCCAGGUGGUCAUCCCCAGUAGUGCAGGGUGCACUUGUCGAUUUGUAAAUUAUGCAAAACAAAACCCGAUCCGUAUAGUUCCUGCAGUUAAAAAAAAGUAUUUCGGUGAAGCAUAAGGCUCGUCACGCUAAACAAACAAGAAAAAGCUGAACUACCUGAUUCUAUCCACUCGUGGAGUGGAUUUACCCAAAAUUCUUUAGCGCUUCUCUUACCCAUCGUGUUUUUUUUUGUUUAAUACUAGAAUAAGGGAACGAGCCGAGCAGAGUGGAAAACCGACAAGCCAAAAGUGAACUGUGUGAGUGUGUGCGAUAGUGAUCGUAGAAAGUGAUGGGGAAACCGCAUCCCGAACAAUGAACGUGAUUAUGGAAUGGAGACGCCAUGGAGUUGCCCGAUUUGGGAAGCAUUUCAAUACCGCUGCACGUGUGCGAAGCGAGAUGUGUUUAAAAACGGAAGCAUUAUUUAUUUGUAUUACUCUCUCGCUCGCUAGGAGCAAAUGCUUUAAUGAAGCUAAUAAAUAGUGCGCGAUGUCUAAAGGUAUCGCAAUCGAA